CGGCGGCCGCGGCUGCUGCUGCUGCGGCGGCGGCGGUGGUGGCGGCGGUGGGGUGGCGGGAGCGGAGCGGCAUGGCCACGGCGGCUUCUAACCCCUACCUGCCGGGGAACAGCCUGCUGGCGGCCGGCUCCAUUGUACACUCGGACGCGGCGGGAGCCGGCGGCGGCGGGGGCGGCGGCGGCGGCGGGGGCGGCGGCGGCGGCGCGGGCGGCGGCGGGGGCGGCAUGCAGCCCGGCAGCGCCGCCGUGACCUCAGGCGCCUACCGAGGGGACCCGUCCUCCGUCAAGAUGGUCCAGAGCGACUUCAUGCAGGGGGCCAUGGCCGCCAGCAACGGCGGCCAUAUGCUAAGCCACGCGCAUCAGUGGGUCACGGCCCUACCCCACGCCGCCGCCGCCGCCGCCGCCGCUGCCGCCGCCGCCGUGGAGGCCAGCUCGCCGUGGUCCGGCAGCGCCGUGGGCAUGGCCGGCAGCCCCCAGCAACCGCCGCAGCCGCCGCCGCCGCCGCCGCAGGGCCCCGACGUGAAGGGCGGCUCGGGUCGCGACGACCUGCACGCGGGCACCGCGCUGCACCACCGCGGGCCGCCGCACCUCGGGCCCCCGCCGCCGCCCCCGCACCAGGGCCACCCGGGGGGCUGGGGGGCCGCCGCCGCCGCAGCCGCCGCCGCCGCCGCCGCCGCAGCCGCCGCACACCUCCCGUCCAUGGCCGGGGGCCAGCAGCCGCCGCCGCAGAGUCUGCUCUACUCGCAGCCCGGGGGCUUCACGGUGAACGGCAUGCUGAGCGCGCCCCCGGGCCCGGGCGGCGGCGGCGGCGGCGCGGGCGGCGGCGCCCAGAGCCUGGUGCACCCGGGGCUGGUGCGCGGGGACACGCCCGAGCUGGCCGAGCACCACCACCACCACCACCACCACGGGCACCCGCACCCGCCGCACCCGCACCACGCGCAGGGGCCUCCGCACCACGGCGGCGGCGGCGCGGGGCCCGGGCUCAACAGUCACGACCCGCACUCGGACGAGGACACACCGACGUCGGACGACCUGGAGCAGUUCGCCAAGCAGUUCAAGCAGCGGCGCAUUAAACUCGGCUUCACGCAGGCCGACGUGGGGCUGGCUCUGGGCACGCUGUACGGCAACGUGUUCUCGCAAACCACCAUCUGCCGCUUCGAGGCCCUGCAGCUGAGCUUCAAGAACAUGUGCAAGCUCAAGCCGCUGCUGAACAAGUGGCUGGAGGAGGCGGACUCGAGCACCGGCAGCCCCACGAGCAUCGACAAGAUCGCGGCGCAGGGCCGCAAGCGCAAGAAGCGGACCUCCAUAGAGGUGAGCGUCAAGGGCGCGCUCGAGAGCCACUUCCUCAAGUGCCCCAAGCCCUCCGCGCAGGAGAUCACCAACCUGGCCGACAGCCUGCAGCUGGAGAAGGAGGUGGUGCGGGUCUGGUUCUGCAACCGGCGCCAAAAGGAGAAGCGCAUGACGCCGCCCGGGAUCCAACAGCAGACGCCCGACGACGUCUACUCGCAGGUGGGCACCGUGAGCGCCGACACGCCGCCGCCGCACCACGGACUGCAGACGAGCGUGCAGUGAAGGCAAGGGGCGCAGCGCGAAGAGGGCCGCCGCCGCCGCCGCCGCCGCCUCCGCAGCCGCUGUCAGCACCGCCGCCAACCCCCGCCGCCGCCGCCGCCGCCGCCGCCGCCGCGCCGACCCGCACCGGGGCCGCACCGGGCCCAGGCCAGUCCGCCGCCUUCCCCUCCGCCCAAAGACAAACAUGCCCGCCCUUGGAGGAGAGAGAGAGAGAGAGAGAGAGAGACGGACCAAGAAGACAUUUCUGAAGUCCAAGGAAGGAGGGGCAAAACACAAAACAAAAGCGUAACAAAUAACCAGACUGUUUUAUAUACGUAUAUAUAACAAACAAAACCGGAAGAGAAAAAGGAGGCGAUCAUGAGAUCUCGUUUAUACUGUGGUGGUGUUUCCUUUUUGUUUUUCUGUUUUCUUUUUAAAGAAGGGUGAAGAUGCCUAGCGCACCAAAACUGCACUCGUGAGGUUUUCCCCACCCUAGGAAGUCCUACAUGGCAACAGUGGACAGCACCUAGCACCUGCCUCGUCCUCGCCUCUUAAAAAAAAAAAAAAAAAAAAAAAAAAAGCGGCUCCCCCCCCCCUCCGCCCCCGCUCUCCUUUUCACUCCCCCCAUCCAAAGGGCUGACUAAAGUGAUCUACCGAAACUUUCUUUCCUGGGAGCGACGUGCAAGAAAGCAGAGGCACCCUGUUUUAGUUGGCCAUGUUAAAGUCAUUUGGGGACAAAUGGACUAUGAAAUAGGAAGGAGAAAACAAAGAACAGUCUUCAGGAAAAAAAAAAAAGAAAGCAAGCAAGAAAGAAAAUAUUCACAGCUUUUGAAAUUAACAGACUGAAUAGCAAAGCCAAAAGAAAAAGUCUUCUCAAAGUAACCUUGGAAAUAAAGCAUCACGAAAGAGCAGAGGGAUGGGCGAGGGAGAAGGGGACGGCUACCCAGGAGUGGGGGAGGCCAGGCUGAGUCGGGCAGGGCGGGUGGACUGGGCUAGGAGCAAGGCCCCGCCACCAGCCCCGGCUUUAACGGCGGGCACUCGGGUGGAUGAGGCCUAAAGAUUCCACCGCGAAUAUUUUUUUUAUUAAUAUUUUUAUUUUUUAUUUCUGGACUGACUCAGAUAAAGAGAUUUAGAAGGACUGAGCACCAGCCGCUGCACUCCUCUGGACUUCUCUCCUCAAUCCGUUGCCAACUUUGAUUGAAUGGGUGCUGUGGAUGUGAUUAUAUAAUACUGCCAUUUCCAAGCAGUGUUUUUGGUAGGUUUUAAUAAACAGACUUUUCAAAAGACGGCAAUAUAGAAUUGUUAGAUCCGUUGUUGAUCUAAAAAUAUUUGCUUUAUAUUUUCAUUAAAUGACUUCUUUUAAUAUUUUAUUCAGAAUACUUAUGAACUGCUGCAAAACGGUAAUUUAUUUUUCCCCAGAUCUUGUAUUACGUGUUUUUUUCAGACGAGCACAAAUCAAAAUGAAAUGAAAAUAUGGACAGUUGCUAGGUAGUAAGGGUAUCUUUUGAUGUGAUCAUUUGAUUGUAAUUUAAUUUGAGUAGUGAUUCCGUAAGAGCUGAUCGAGAAAAUAAAUUUGUUAGAAUGAAA